AUGAACAUACGCUGCGCCAAACCCGAGGACCUUAUGACAAUGCAGCACUGCAAUCUGCUGUGUUUGCCUGAGAACUAUCAAAUGAAAUACUACUUUUAUCACGGCUUGACUUGGCCCCAAUUGAGCUAUGUGGCCGAGGACGAUAAGGGUGGCAUUGUCGGUUAUGUGCUGGCCAAAAUGGAGGAACCCGAACCCGGUGAGGAGAGCAAACAUGGACACAUUACAUCGCUGGCCGUCAAGCGUUCCUAUCGUCGUCUCGGUCUCGCCCAGAAACUGAUGAAUCAGGCCUCCCAAGCCAUGGUCGAGUGCUUCAAUGCCCAGUACGUCUCGUUGCACGUACGCAAAAGCAAUCGCGCUGCCCUCAAUCUGUACACCAACUCGCUGAAGUUCAAGAUCAUCGAGGUGGAGCCCAAGUACUAUGCGGAUGGUGAAGAUGCUUAUGCCAUGCGUCGCGAUCUGCGGGAGUUUGCUGACGAUGACAACAAGGGGCAGAACAAGGAUGGAGAGGAGGGCGAGAAGCACACACACAGAGGCACCUCUGGCACUCACAAUCACAGUGGUCAUGAUGGUCAUUGCUGCUGAAAAGCUUUGGAAACACAAAACAAAACUAAAUACUUACAAAAGGGCAAUGGAAGUAAUACAAAAAUGGAAUGCAUGCUGCAUUGUAGUCUUGCAUUUUUAUGCGUUAGGUUUUGUAUUUAUGUAACACAUAAAACAUUAAAUAAUAAUUAAACGAUAAUGACAAAAAACAA